AUAAGAAUCAGCCUCCUGCCCAACAACAAGACGAUAACCUCCAUUGUUCUGAGAAAAAAAUGGCUUCUGAAUCCUACCCUCCUCUGUUCCGUUCACACACAGAUUCAACCCAGGCCGCUGAUUUGGAUGACCAACUCAACCCAGUUCAUGAUUUGGAGGAUCCGAUUCCUCUGGUGGAUCUCCAGAGCCUGAAACUUGGGGAGGCAUGUGAGUUUUGGGGCAUUUUUCGUUUGGUCGACCAUGGAGUUCCUCCAACCCUUUUGACCCAACUUGAAGAGCAUGCCAAAGCGGUUUUUUCCCUGCCGUUUGAAUCCAAACAGAGCCUUAUCACCAGCCCUCUGUCCUACUUCUGGGGUACCCCUGCCCUAACUCCAUCUGGGGCAGCCUUAUCAACAAAGGGUACUAGUACCCUCCAGAAUAUCAAUUGGGUUGAAGGACUGAAUGUCCCUCUAGCUCAACUCAGUCAAUUCCAAACUGACAAUCCCACAGUUGCUUCUUUCAGCCUUGUGCUGGAAGAAUAUGGGAAGCACCUAGCCAGGCUAGCCACAACUAUAUUUGAAGCUAUGGUAAAAAGCCUUGGAAUGGAUCCAAUAGAAUCCAAAUCCCACUUAUCCAAUUCCACUGGCGUUGUACGUGUCUAUCGCUACCCCCCACAUUGCUCCAACUCUGCAUCUGCAUCUGCAUGGGGCAUGGACGUCCACACUGACAGCUCUGUGCUCUCGAUACUAAACCAAGAUGAUGUCGGUGGACUCGAAGUUCUCAAAGACACCGAGUGGUUCAAUGUAAACCCAAUUCCCAGCACACUAGUUGUCAACCUCGGGGACAUGAUGCAGGCGAUAAGCGACGACAAAUACAAGAGUGUGAAGCACAGAGUGAAGGUGAACAGAAGCAAAGAGAGAAUUUCAAUCUGCUACUUCGUGUUUCCUGGAGAAGGCAGUGUGAUUCGGAGCUCAAACUACAAGCCCUUUACAUACAGUGACUUUCAGAAGGAAGUGCAGAAAGAUUUAAAGACUGUUGGUUAUAAGGUUGGGCUCGAGAGAUUCAAAGCUUAGUGAAGAGGGUUUGUUAAUUGAUCAUGUUAAAUGGGCAAUAACAGUAUGUUUGUAAGCUAUACAGAGAAAAAUGUGGGUUCUAAGGAAAUCACAUUUUUUUGUUUAAUUUUUAUUUUAUUUUUUUCUUUUCUGUUCAUUUACUUUGUGCGUUUGGGCUUUUGUGUUAAUGGUCUAAUUAUCUUAAAGCAUCUCCAAUAAUGAAGUUUAAUUUUCUGCUAAAA